AUGAAGAUUCUUUUUUGGAAUACUCAAGGGGUUGUUAAACCCUCUUUUAGAAGAUGUUUCAAAGACUGUGUGAUUGUUCACAAACCCAAGAUCAUUGCCAUGAUGGAAACUCACACAAGUGGCAAGAGAGUUGACAGAAUUAUCAACAAUAUGGGAUACAUUAACUCUUUCAGAAUCGAAGCUCAGGGUCACAGUGGAGGCAUAUGGAUACUUUGGGAUAAUUUGGUAAAGGUUAAAAUUUUAAGUAUUUCCAAACAGUAUGUCCAUGCACCUAUUAAGGAUAGUAGCAGCAACUGCUGGAACUAUUUUACAACAAUUUAUGCUAGCCCCAACCCCAACAUUCGAUGUAAACUAUGUGAUCUCCUAGAAAAGCUCAAACCUUGCAAUAAUGAACCUUGGAUCCUAGGAGGAGACUUUAAUUGUAUCCUGAAACCUGAUGAGAGAAUUGGUGGUAGCAAUCGUUUCAGAGGAGGGAGUAAAUACUUCCAAGACUUCAUAUUCAACAAAUAUUUGAUUGAUGUUAAGUACCAGGGUGAUGAAUUUACUUGGAGACGUGGCAACCUAUGGCAAAGACUAGAUAGAUGCAUUAUGAACAUAAAAUGGUUAGAAUUAUACCCAGAUACUAGAGUUCACCACCUUGACCGAACGGGAUCAUAUCAUUGCCUUAUUCUUUUGCAUACUAUAAACAGCCCCAAAGGGAAUAAAAAGAAACAGUUCAGAUUCCUGGCAGAUUGGAUGGAGCACCCAGACUUUGAGCAGUUUAUUAAAAAAGAAUGGGUUAAACAUGAUAACUUUAUGGAAAGCCUCACACAUAUCAAGGAAAGCAUCAAGGUUUGGAAUAGUGAAGUUUUUGGUAAUAUCAACCAGAAGAAGAAAAAAUUAGUUACUAGGCUAAAAGGUAUUAAUAAAGCUCUUCGUUGUUAUAACUCUACCAGACUGACUACUCUUGAAGCUGAGCUCAAGAUUGAGCUAGAAACAAUCCUAAGACAAGAAGAUCUUCUUUGGGCUCAAAGGGCGAGAUGCAAAUGGAUUACCCACGGAGACAAAAAUACCAAGUACUUCCACUCAUGUGCAAUUACUAAGGGCAUGAAAAACUUAUAA